CCCGGAAGUGGAUGUAAAUAAAUAUUGGUGCGGUGGUUUUCUUUUUGCAGCUGCACGACACAAAAAAAAAAUUGUAGCAUGUUUGACGGAAUGUUUUAUGUGGUGCGGUAGGAUUAAGCGACUUACCGGUGCAUGCAAUUCACGUAACGCGUUAUCAUACUUCUUUCUCUCACCUCCAAGGUCUAGGAAAUGUAUGUGGUGCACUCAACAACGCAUAAUAUUCACCACCGAUGCUAACGUUCGUUAACAUGCGUGUUUUUGUGAACUGGGUGUAAAUUGGAGUCCUGUAUUUUGAGAAAAGAACGACGAGAAAGACUUGGGGACAAGAUGGUUUACAUGAAGAUCAAGAAGAAAACUCCCCUGAUCUUAUUUUUGAAGAGAUCACCCGGAAUCAGGUCUUGGAGUCUACUUGUAGGCUUCGUGGCUGUUGGGGUUGGAGCUGCUUAUUUCAGUGGAGAUCACAUCUUAUGGAGUCUGUUCUACAUCACAGCCUGUUUAGUGGUGGGUGUAUCGUGUAUGGAGGAUUGGGAGGAGUGUAUAUUUGACAAGAUGACAGGGAAGGUGACUGUGAAGAAGUUCAGUUUGAUGCAGGCGAUCCUCAGGCCCAAACAGGAGCAAAGAGAAAUUGUUGCAGAUAUUUACAACAUAGUAAGUGUGGAGGUUGAACAGGAGACAUUCCGGUACCUGGGUACAGGCAGCCAUGUUGUCCUGUCCUUCCAGUCAGGAUACUCCAUACCCAUGACAGAAGCUGCAACGUUGGGCGACAACAGGGACCACCACAGAAUAGCGGGAGAAGUGCGUUCCUUCCUGAACCUCGAUGACACCCACCGCUUCAGCACGCUGGACAGCGACAGCGAGCAGGAGGACUCCUCCCUACCGGGGGACGGCGCCAUGACGGGCGAAGACGAGGACGACUUCGCCAACUCCUCUGAGUCGGACCUGGGGUCGGACUACGAAGCCGAGUCCCUCACGGGAGAGGACACCAGCGCGACGGACCUCUCGGAUUACGAGGGAGGGUCGCAGACGGACGCGUCAUCGGAUUCCGAAGAGUACGUGGUCAGGAAGCCGGGACAUCCCGUAUGACACAACCUCGACUUAUGCAAAUCCUCUUCACAGCAAGAAUGUUCUUUCCGCUUUUAGGCCACAGCAAGUAAAUUUUAUGGAUGACGUCCUAUGCAGACCCUAAAUCUAAUGCGAGAGCACAAAAAAAAACAA